GACAUAACAUAGACAACCGCUCACUUGCAGCAGAUAUCAGUAGUGACAACCUCCAACCAUGAUACCUUUGAUUGCUGUCCUGUUGGUAGCCUUGGUCGCUGAUGAAGCUCAUGGAGUCGGCCUAGGUGUUGGAGGAUUCGGCGGGUUCGGUGGUGGAUUUGGCGGCGCUGGUGGCCUCUUGAGCGCUGGAAACUACGCCAAUGGAUUCAGCCACUCCAACGGAUACAGUCAUGGAAACCACAUCCUGAAAAAAUUCGGAGGAGCUGGUGGGCUGAAACAUGGCCAUCUUAACGCGCACCUUCUGGGCAAACGAAGUGCUGAUCCCGCGCCAAUACUCGGACUUGGAGGCCUAUUCGGUGGAUUGGGUGGUGGCUACGGAGCGAAAGGUGGUCUCUUGAGUGCUGGAAACUACGCCAAUGGAUUCAGCCAUUCCAAGGGAUACAGUCAUGGAAGCCACAUUGGAGGAGGAUUCAAGAAAUUGGGAGGUCUUGGAGGCGGCCACCUUAAAAAGUUCCUCUUCGGGAAGUGAGGUGCUGAUCCCGCGCCUGAGUCCGAAUGAGGAAUCUCGGAAUCGCUGGAAUGGAAUGCUUUAGUGGAUGUUUGUGGGCAAGAUGAGCCAGAGGUGAUGUUUGCACUAGUAACAUAAGUCCAGAUAUACUCUAUUUUUGUUAAGGAUACUUCAUCCCUUGCACAUUACAUGUAUUUUUGGAAAUACAUCAAUAUUUUUGCAGCAAAA